AUGUUGGAGGCGUUAACAGACGCCAUUCUCAACGCGAGGGAUGAACCCAUCGACUACACAGGUGAUGGUAAUGGAGCCGGCGGUGCCCUGAAACCAAGCCAGAAUCGAGCCAUCCAUAUCACCGCGGUAUGCUGCUCCGGCUUCAGUCUGCUGGCCGCAUUGGUCACUUUACGAUGGUUUCUCCUCAUGCGAAGGAGCUUCCGCCAUAUCCUGGUGAUGAAUAUGAUUAUAAGUGGCUCUUUCAAGAGCUUCUGGUACUUUAUUUUCCCGAUCGUCAGCUUUGGGACGGGCCCCAUCUCGAGCAGCUCCAACUUCUGUCAGGCAACCGGCUUCUUCCUCACGUUUGCCACAGAGUCUGCUGAUAUGGCAAUUUUCCUGAUUGCCUUGCAUUCAGUCCUCUACAUCUUACGACCAAGCAGCGCUGCUGGAGAAGGAGGGCUGUACCCCUACCGCCACUGGGUAUGGCCGGCCUGGCUGUUGCCGCCACUUCUCGCCGCAUGCCUCGCGUUCAUUCGAAAUUCGGCACCUUUCACAACUUCAGGCGUCUUCUGUACACUACCGAAACGCCCUAUUUGGUACAGAUUGGCGCUGUCCUGGGUACCAAGAUACAUUAUCAUUGCAUUCAUCAUCUCCAUGUAUUUGUGGAUAUACAUCUACGUGCACAUGAAGUUUCGUGGGUUCGACAAACUUGGUAGGUCGGAGUCUAUGAGCGAGUCAUCUCAGAGUUCGAGACGAAGUUCGAUUGCCCUCCACAGCGAAGACGUGGAACCGGCUGAGCAGGGUGGCAGGACCAGCCAGACUCCAUCAAGAAGGGUGUCUCAACAACCCACCCUUGAGGUCGAACAGCAAGUGCAAUCGUCUGAAGCGCUACAGCCCUGGGACUACAUGAAUUUCGUUACCUCCAAACCUCUGCAGAACCCUCCUGAAGACGGCCCUGCCCCGACGGCGCCUUGGGGAAGCACAUGGUCGGAUGAUACAAUCUCGCCUUUUGGCCCCUCUUCUGGCAAACCCUCCCGGAUAGGAUCUAAAGAUGGCCAGCGUGCAGGCCCACGCAAAGAACGCGUCUCACGAUCGGAUCCUGCAACGAAUACACGGAUCAAAAUGAGCGAUCGGACGGACCCGCUACGAGAGACCCGGAGGGCGAUUCGCAGGCAGUUACGGUCCAUGUUCAUCUACCCUCUUGUCUACAUCAUAGUGUGGGCGUUUCCCUUUGUGUUCCAAGUCCGAUUGUACGAUGCGCGCAACGUCAUGCAUCCGACGUAUUGGAUCAACUUAAUAUCAGUUAUCAUGCUGUCUCUCCAGACUGCAGCCGACUGCUUUGUUUUCUCUUGGACGGAGAAGCCGUGGAGGAGGAUCUCGUCAAACUCGAAGUGUUCGAUUCUUGGCGGACGUCGUUGCAAAAAGCAAGAUUCCACGGAUACGCCUCAGCCGGCGAUACCUGAGCCAGCUCCUUCAAAGCGCCCUGUGCACUGGUGGGAAGCCGAAGGUAGACUUCGAAAGGACAGUGUGUGGUUGCCGGGGGGCUCAAUCAGUGAGACCUUUUCACAAUUGGCCUCACGCACACGAUCGAGGAGUCUGGAACAAGGGAGACGGCUUACAAGACACAUAAGCGAGGACAUUCCGUCACCCAUUCCAGAGACUGAGCCUGUAUCUUCCACGGGUCCUCCGGCGGGACGGGCUCGAAGGACAAGCAUGAGUAGAGUCUCGUCAAACGGCAGCGGACAGGAACCUCGAUCCAGUCCGGGACGGAGAGAGCGCCACCAGGCCGGACUUGGGAGUGUGCACGAGGUGAAAAGCGAUGGUUUUCAGGUUGAUGAGGACGGGUGUGAAACUGCGCGUACAACUAACUAA